GGUGUGAUGUAUAAUAUAUGUAAAAUUUUCUCUAAGUUUAGGAUAUUUUGCAAUAUAAUUAUCAAUUUAUUGUACUUUAACCAAGGAUGUCUUCGCCUAGUUUAAUUGUCCAUAUCAUGUGGAGUUUAUAAUUAGCUAGUAAUGCAGUAAAAACUCAUUUGCUAUUCCUCUUGUGGCCAGGCUUCAAUAAUAUAAACUUUAAUUUCAAUUAUGAGUCUUAACCCACUCAGAAAUCUGUCUAAGCUAUCUUAAUAUAAUUAAGAAAUGCAACUUUGAAAACAAAGCCACAUAAGUCAAAAGUAGUGGAAUGGUAGGUAAGCUGAGCUUUGUUUUCAAAAAGAAAAGAAAACCAUCUGAAGUGUGAACUAAAGAACAUACAAUGAUGACUUUGAAUUUAAUCCUCCUUCAAGUGUAUUUUAUGAAAAGUUUUUGUUUUUACUGUCUACAUUAGAUCAUAAAAGUGUGCAGUACUAAGAGUUUUAGUGCCUUCUUGGAAGAACAAAUUAAAGGAAUGUUCCAGGUAAUGAAAGAGGGGUGGAAGGAAGAUAAGAGUAUAUAUGAACAUACCAUCUACAAACCUCUUCAUAAGCCUGAGAAUACUAUGGUUUCCAUAUUAGCAUUGUAUCAGUUAAUUUCAACACUGUGGUUAGUAACAGCAGUAAUUAUAGUUGCAUCUUCAUCAGCUGAUCUUAAAGGAGGCAUACCAAUAGCAAAGCCUGGGUGCCAAGAAAGCUGUCAAAAUUCGACUGUCAAAAUUCCGUUUCCAUUUGGAAUUGGUACUAGUUGCUACUAUGAUCCAUCGUAUGAAAUUGUUUGCAAUUCAUCUUCUUCUUCUUCUACUUCUUCCUCAGGUGCUGAAAGACCGAUACUGAACUCAUUGGGCGUGGAGAUUUUGAACAUAAGAAGCUGUUCAAGUGGUAAUUGUGAUAUCCCUGAUCUGAGACUAGAAGUUGCAACUCCGUGGAAAAACAUAUGUACUUCACAAAAAGUAGUGCUGAUGGACAUGGAUAGAAGUCCUUUUAGGAUGUCGACUGCAAGGAACCAGUUGGUGGUCAAGGGUUGUCCAGGGGUUUCCAUUUUAAUGGAUCGAAAGGGCCAAACAGUUGGAGGUUGUUCUUCAGUUUGCAAGGGAAAUAACAAUAGUUCUGCAGCAGAAGAGAGAAAGAGCAGGAGCAGUCGUUGUGAUGGAGUUGGGUGUUGUUUAAUAUCAGUAGAUCAACAGUACUUAGGGAUUGAUUUUUAUCAGAUGGCUCUAAGAAAUAGUUUUAUCAGCACAAAUCAAACUUGUGUAGAUGUCGCGUUGAUGGAAAGGUUCUUAGAGCCACCAAAGGAGUUGGCUGCAGCUGAAAGACUCGCAAGAGAUGAUUUAGUGCCGACUAUAUUGCACUGGAUGCCCCCAGCUUUACCUGAAGGAAUUUCUGAUAGCAAUAACCAAAAGAAUAGUGCUUACUCCUGUAAACCUUUUUGUGGUUAUUAUGAUGAGGUUCAAUGCGUUAAUAUAUGUACCUGCAAAGAUGGUUUUGAAGGAAAUCCAUACAUUUUUAAUGGUUGCCAAGAUCCAUGCAAACUGGGAACAAACCAUUCAUCACUCGACUGCAAAAAGAGGCCAUUGACGAUAACUUCUGCACCGAUUUUAGGGCUUAACAUAGCUUUGGGGUCAGUGGUGUUACUUCUUUUUUGCUACGGCUUGUACCAUUUAGUUAAGAGAUGGAGGCAAAUCAAGCAAAGAACUAUGUUCUUUAAACGAAAUGGCGGUUUACUAUUGAAACAACAGAUGAUCUCUGAAAGUGGUAUUGUAGAAAGUACAAGAGUAUACACAGCGCGUGAAUUGGAGAAAGCCACUGACAAUUUUAACUCAAACAGAGUUCUCGGGCAUGGAGGUCAUGGUACAGUCUACAAAGGCAUGUUGCUUGACGGAAAAGUGGUGGCUAUUAAGAAGCCUAAGAAGAUCGAUAAGAACCAAUCGGAGCACUUCAUAAAUGAGGUAGUUAUUCUAUCCCAAAUCAACCACAGGAAUGUGGUUAAAUUACUAGGCUGUUGCUUAGAAACAGAAGUUCCUUUACUUGUGUACGAGUUUAUACCAAAUGGAACGCUUGCUAAGCAUAUUCAUAAUCCUAACGAAGACUUCCAGAUUACUUGGAAAAUGCGUUUACAAAUUGCUGCCGAAACAGCAGGUGCUCUUGCAUAUUUGCACUCAUCAUCAUCUACACCUAUCUAUCAUAGAGAUAUCAAAACUUCCAAUAUACUUUUAGACGAGAAAUAUAGAGCAAAGUUAUCAGAUUUUGGCACUUCAAGGGCGAUGAUGAUUGAUGAAACUCACUUGACUACGCGUGUGCAAGGCACGUUUGGGUAUCUAGAUCCCGAGUACUUUCAAACAAAUCAAUAUACAGAAAAGAGUGAUGUUUAUAGUUUCGGUGUAGUUCUUGUUGAGCUACUAACAGGUGUAAAGCCGAUCUCUAAGACAGAAACCGGAGGAUGGAAAGCGUUGGCAAAUGAGUUCCUUUCCCACUUUGAAACAUCAUAUUCAUGUUUACAAAGAAUUCUAGAUGCACAAGUUGUAGAUGAAGCCAAGGAAGAAGAGGUAAAAAUGGCUGCAAAUCUUGCAAAACGUUGCUUGAAUUUGAGUGGGAAGCAAAGGCCUACUAUGAAAGAAGUUGCAUGCGCAUUAGAAGGAAUCAGAUCAUCUAAUGUGGCGUCUCUUUUUGCAGUUGAGCAAAAUUAUUCAAAGGGAAGUGAUUUGUUUAUGGAAAUGGGAAAGAAUAAGAUGAUUGAUGAGUAUGUAAGUUCAACCACUUUUUUUUCAGUAGAUAAUAUUAUUAGCACUUCUGGUUCCUUUGAAGUUCAACCAAUUCAUGUACAUAAUUCUGUAUAAUUUGUAUAAUUUGAGGUCUCAUGUAAUUCAAUGAACAUUUUGUAGUUAUUUAUGUUUGACAGUAAUCAUUUGUGCAACUAACUUUUGUUCUUGCGUAUA